GGGGCAACCUGGGAGCAGCCCCCACUGCCCAGCCCUGCUGCUCAGCAUGCGGUGGGUGAGCUGCUGCUUUUGGGGUCGGGGCGGCACUGCAAAGGAUGCAAAUGUGCUGGGUGCCUCCCACCCCUGCGCUGGGACAGCUUCCUCCUGGGGAGUUCGGGGCCGGGUUGGUGCCAGCACCCGGAUGCCGCGGAUUUGCAUGGCAGGCAGCUGCGGUGGCUGUAGCCCCAUCCAUGGUGCACCAAGUGUGGCCCCAGGGCUGUGACCGGGGCUCUGUGGGGCUGGGUGCCGUUUGCAGGAUCACGGAGAUGCCCGCCCUGCUGCUCACUGCCCUCGUCCUCUGCUUCGCUGAGCCCGUCCUGCCCAGCCAAGAUACUGAGGACAUCCAGAGCUUCAUUAAUAACCUGUCAGAGGAGCUGAAACUGAGCAGCUCCCAGCACAACUUGGCCAGGUUAACAGAGCUGGAGCAGAUGCUGGCCCGCAGCAAGCCUGGCAAGGAGGGGCACACGUUCAAAAGCAACAUGCUGGAGGCCUUUGUGUUCAGCAUCAUGGCCGGCAGCUUCCGAGGGCUCAACCUUAGCAUGAGCACAGAGCAAACAUCAGCACGGCUCAGGAGCAGCAUCAGUUUCCCAGUGGAGCUGAUGGAGGGCAUGGGGGCACAGGAGGAGCAGAAGCUUGUCUGUAUCUACAUCCACAGUGCCAGCAUGUUCCUGGAUGAGCACAACAGCUCCGUGCUGCACAACCACAUCCUGGGGGCCUUCCUGCACAACAGGACGGUGGGUUGGCUGCGGCGCCCCGUGGAGAUCCGCUUCAGGCAUGACAAGGAGCUGGACAGCUCCAAUGCCACCUGUGUCUUCUGGCAGCCCGCAGGCACGGGCAGUGCUGGCAGCUGGAGCAGGGAGGGCUGUGAGACAAAGCACCAGGAGGGCACCGUGCGCUGCCUCUGCAACCACCUCACCUACUUUGCCGUGCUGCUGAUCCAGGCGCAGAACCUGAGUGAGUCCGAGCUGCAGUCCCUCACCUACAUCAGCACCGUGGGCUGCUCCAUCUCAGCCGCUGCUGCCUUCUGCACUCUGCUGCUCUGCUGUGUUUUCAGAUGCCAGCCACGGGAUGACACGACCAGGAUCCACAUGAACCUGCUGGCUGCACUGCUCCUGCUCAAUACCAGCUUCUUGCUGAGCGAGCCACUGGCUGCGGGCACCAUGGGAGGCUGCCAGGCUGCAGCUGCCCUGCUGCAUGGCAGCCUCCUCUGUGCCCUGGGGUGGAUGGGGGCUGAAGGCUUCCACCUCUACCUCCUCCUCAUCAAGGUCUACAACAUCUAUGUGCGGCACUACCUCCUCAAGCUCUGCCUCUGCACCUGGGGUCUGCCCACGCUGGCUGUGGUGGCUGUGCUCAUCUUCAAGAGAGAAAUCUACGGGCACCACAUCAUCAGCACUGCUGAGGGUUACAAGAACGUGACCAUGUGCUGGCUCACCAGCCCAUCCGCCCACUACAUGACCCUGUGCUACGCUGGCCUCAUCCUGCUGUUCAACGUGCUGGUGCUGGUGGCCGUGGUGGUGGUGCUGCGGAAGAUGCGACAGCAGCAGCAGCAGCAGAGGGCGAGGAGGGACUGCAUGACGGUGCUGGGGCUCACCUGCCUGCUGGGCACCACCUGGGGCACGGCCUUCUGUGCCUUUGGUGUGCUCCUUGUGCCCCAGCUCUACCUCUUCACCAUCCUCAACUCCCUGCAAGGUGUGUUCCUCUGCCUUUGGUACCUCAUCACGCACCGCAGCAAGCGCAGCUCCGACAGCAGUGUCUCCAGAUAGCGGGGCUGCGGGAUUGGCCUCGGUGUUCAGCGUUAAUUAAAGCGGCACUCGGUGAUGAAGGCGGCGAGGAGCCGCCAGAGGGCACCAGGGCAAUGGGCUGGAGCGUGGUCGAUGGGUUUUCCUCCUGUACAAAAACAAGCGCGGAGCAAAACUGUC